AUGGACAUACUCACGCGCCUGAUUGCAGGCUCAGGUACAUCCCCAACCAAACAAAGAACCAACACACCUGCAGAACGCCUUGCAACCUGUAAGAGCAUCUGCAAUGCUUUGACCCAAACCUGGCGCAAUGGCAGCCUUGAGCGCGAGGACGACGCCGCCGUCAAUUACACCACGAAACUCCUCCAACGUCUCGAGACAAUCCUCCAGGACGAGUCACGGAGGGCCGCACCGCACUCAUGCCUACGAUAUGUUGCCUCGAGCCAAACAUACAUUAUAAUCACGAAGCUCGCAGUUGCUUCCAGAAAUGUGGACAUAAUCAAAACCUCAGCGGAGCUCUUCCACAUCCUCCUCAAUGGGGAAACAGAAGGGCUGCUGGAUAGCAAAUUGUUCGCAAGAUCGUUGCUAGAUCUGGUCUGGUAUGCCACAAUCGGGGGAAGAAUCAUUGUCGAGGAACGCCUGGAGACAGAUCUGGUCGAACUCUUGUUCGAGAUCGCAACAAAGAUCAGGUUGGAUCCAGAUAUCCUCCCUGCUUGGUUCUACCCAGACCGCGAGAUAGCCCAUGGCCGGAAUGCUGCAGAUGACCCCAGGAAGAGCCAAUUCCCCUUGUUUCACGUCCUUGUCCAGUAUGUCCACCAUGAUGGCUCCGUAGGCGACUUCGCUCGGACAGCAUUGUUGUACUUGACCGAAACUGCCUCAACAUUUCGACCACUGGAAACAUGGAUGAUCGAGAGCGAUUUAGCACCCCAAAUGGCUAGUGGCCUUGGUGCGCUAUACAGCAGAUUGAGCAGACAGUCAACAGAUCUCACAAGCCAAACGUCGGUACCUGCUAUCGUCGUUUUGUCGGACAAUGCUCAGAAUCUUGAUUCGCUCGCUGAACCGCCUCUGGAUGGGCAGCAGGACCUCAAGGCAUUCUUUUCGUAUCUGGCAUUUUGGCAGGAUACAUUGAGCCAUUGCAAAUCUGUCGAGGUCAGCGAUACCCUGCUUGAUCAUUUUCAAGUGCUCUUUGUUCAACAGCUCCUAUACCCUUCUUUGCUCGAGUCGUCAGACGUCGAAGGAGGGUCAACUGCAGCUGUUAUAACGCACCUGUCGCGAAUUCUCCUUGCUCUCGACCAUUUCCAGCUCGUCGACCAUAUUUUACGGUACCUUUUAGCUUCGCCCAAUGUGCGGCAAGUACCCAAAGACAAAUCCCACCAACGACAGCGUAUGUCUGUCAGUCGAAGGAAGUCAAUAGAUCACUUGAAGGUCCUGGCGGAAGUUACUGACAGCCCUUCCCCUGACCUCUUUAACCUUCUUGACCUGAUGGUCAUGAGCCUGAAGUCUAGCCAUUCGGAAACAGUCAGUGCUUGCCUCAAGCUGUUGUCAGUCAUUGUGCAGAAACACCACUGUCAUGUCCUCACAAAUGUUUUCAGGCUUGAACCUGCUUCACGCCUUCCGAGUCCAGGCCAAGUUGAUCAGUUCAAUGACCAGCUUUGCAGACUGUUUGACUAUUCUACGGCAAUAGCCCGCCGUGAAGAUCUAGAUGCCUCCUACCAAGCGGCUUUGUCAGACGGGCAAGUUUUGCUUGAGCAGCACAGUUGUUUCACGACAACCAAGGCAGAUACAGAAGAGGCUCUUACCGCGCGAAAGAUGUCGAUCGCGAAAGAAUGCAAGCUUUUUGACGCAGUUGCGACCCUACUGCGGAACUUCUUCGCCAACAGCACAGUCACGAACCUCUACCUCACCGAGGCUUUGCUCUCCCUGGCCGCGUGCGAGCAAAUGGAUCUCCAUGGGUGGCUACUACCUUGCAAUGAGAAGACCCAAUUGGAGCAUAACUCCACGUAUAACAUUACGUUUAUCAUUGGCGAAUUAAUUGAACAAGUCCGGCAAUGGCAGUCCCAAUUUUUCGAAUGGGAUGACCUGAUUCACCAAAGAAGGUUACAGCUCUCGGAGGAGGAUGUAUUAAGCCGUCAAACGAAGGAUACAGUCUCAAGGCGCAGGAAUCAAUUACCCUCCAGCUCUCAAUCUCUUGUUCAGCCACGGCCGGCAACGCCGCGAGGAAACAAGAUGGCAACAGCGGAAUUUGGAUCAACAGAGAGCACGGUUCCCAAGACCGAACGUCACCAGCCUAGACUCGUGGAAAGUUCUAUUGGUCAUUCUCCUUUGCGCGGAUCUGAGAGAGCCGAAGAAACCGAUGCGCCAGGAGGGCAAGAUGAGCCACUACAAGAGCCAUCAUACGCCUCCGCGUCAUUACUCAAAACACAAGUGACUCUCUUGAGCAUAAAUGCACCCGAUGAAGCAUCGGCAUCAUUACCACUUCAUGCCGGGCGGAAGCAAACUUCCAACCUUGAACUCAGCUUACAUCGCCUUGCUCCGGUCGAGCGUGGAGAUUCAGGCACCGUCACUCCGGGCGGCCAAAACGACCAGGCUACACGAAAUCAAGCCAGCCUCAGCCACCUAUUGACAAAUGCAAUCAUUCUCCAAGAGUUUAUCCUUGAAAUUGCGGCAGUGGUGCAGUUGCGAGCGACGUUUUUUGACGAAGUCCAACUGGAGGCCAACACAAUCGACUAA